AUGUCUGCCUCCGACUCGAGUGCCACAGGACUCAUCUGUAACAAGGGUUCAGCCGAUUCCUACACUAGUCGACCCUCUGAUUCCGACCUGUCCCUGGAGGAGGACCAGGAGGCGUCUCGGCGUGAAGCCGAGCGCCAGGCUCAGUUGCAGCUGGAAAGAGCCAAGUCUAAACCAGUAGCAUUUGCAGUGAAAGCCAAUGUGAGCUACUGUGGAGCCCUUGAUGAGGAGUGUCCAGUCCAAGGUGCUGCUAUCAACUUUGAAACCAAAGACUUCCUGCACAUAAAAGAGAAAUACAACAAUGAUUGGUGGAUCGGUCGGCUGGUGAAGGAAGGGGCAGACAUCACUUUCAUCCCGAGUCCAGUCAAACUCGAAGCCAUGAGGAUAAAACAUGAGCAGAAAGCAGCAGCAAGGAAAGGAGGGAACGCUUCAUCAGGAGGCUGGAGGUCCACCCCGCCAUCUGCAGCCAAACAGAAGCAGAAACAGACUGAGCAACUACCUCCAUAUGAUGUGGUUCCUUCUAUGCGGCCAGUGGUGCUGGUGGGCCCUUCACUGAAAGGAUAUGAGGUGACGGACAUGAUGCAGAAAGCCUUGUUUGACUUCCUGAAGCACCGAUUCGAUGGCAGGAUCUCUAUUACACGGGUGACUGCUGAUUUGUCGCUGGCGAAGCGAUCGGUGCUGAACAAGAAGGCCAUAAUGGAGAGAUCCAACACACGCUCCAGUAUCGCGGAGGUCCAGAGUGAGAUAGAGAGGAUCUUUGAGCUGGCCAAGUCUCUUCAGCUGGUCGUCCUGGAUGCAGACACCAUCAACCACCCAUCGCAGCUUCUCAAGACGUCUCUGGCUCCCAUCGUCGUCUACGUCAAAGUGUCCUCGCCUAAAGUUCUUCAGAGGCUGAUCAAAUCUCGAGGGAAGUCACAAAGCAAACACCUCAACGUUCAGAUGAUGGCAGGGGACAAGCUCGCUCAGUGCCCGCCUGAGAUGUUUGAUGUCAUCCUGGAUGAGAAUCAACUGGAAGAUGCUUGUGAACACCUCGCAGAGUACCUGGAAAUCUACUGGCGGGCCACGCAUCUCCCCUGCUCGGCCCCUGUUAACCCCCUCCUGGACCAGAGUGUGGUCACCCCUCCCUCAGCUAACUCCAGCCAACAGUUCUCUGAGACUCAAGAGUUGAUAGAAUGA